AUGGUUGAACUUAAUGUUAACGGAAAGGUAGCUGUGGUCACAGGAGGAUCCAGAGGAUUGGGAUUGGACUGUGCCGAAGUGUUGGCUGUGAACGGAGCCUCCACCAUCGUGAUUACCUCCCGUAAGGCCAAGGCAUGCGAAGAAGCAAAGGCCCAAAUCGAAAAGGUCGCUGCUGGUGCAGGCAAGAAGGUCAAGGUGAUCUCGAUCCCAGCCGAUCUCUCGGACGAGAAGGACACCCAAAGAUUCUUCGACGAGACCUCCAAGCAAGUCGACAAGGUCGACAUCUUGAUUGCCAACGCUGGUGCCUCCUGGGGCUCGCCAUUGGAGCAGCACCCCGUCUCGGCUGUCAAGAAGGUGUUGGACUUGAACAUUGUGGGUGUUUUCCAAUCCAUCCAAUUGUUCACUCCUUUGUUGGAGAAGGCUGGCACUGCUGAAGACCCCUCCAGAGUGCUUAUCAUGUCGUCGAUUGCCUCCAUCUCCCCUGUCGAUUUUGCCGGUACUUACGGCUACUUGGCCUCCAAGGCCGGUGUCACUCACAUGGGUAAGAACUUGGCCCUCCAAUUGGGUCCUCGUAACAUCACUGUCAACUCGCUUGCUCCUGGGUUUUUCCCCUCCAAGAUGUCCAACGGUUUGCUCGAAGUGGCCGGUGACGUUUUGAUCGAAACCAACCCAAGAAAGAGACUUGGUAAGAAGCAAGACAUCCAGGAUCUCGUUUUGUUCAUGUGUGCUAAGCAGUCUUCCUACAUUAACGGUAUCGUGAUUCCGCUCGAUGGAGGAGCUCACUUGGGCAGCUUUUCUAAGUUGUAA